AUCAUAACUACAUGAAAGACCAUGAAGAUUUUGCCCAUCUCAAUAUUGGUGCUAUCCACUGUUAUUCUUUUACCGACAGUGAACAGCAAAAAUAUUUUAUACUUAGCGUGGCCCGCCUACAGUCACCUGAAUUCAAUGAUUUCUAUUGCAAACGAAUUGGCAAAGUAUGGGCAUAACAACUAUUUUAUAUUAGAUAGAAAUUACACCAAAACUUUCCAAAAUCAGCAAAGCAUAAAUAUUCUACCAAUGGAUGAAAUUCCAGAAAUGGAAUUAAUGCGAUUUGAUGCACAAAAGCAAGAAAAAUCAAAACAAAUAUACGUGAUGCGACAGCUUCUGAACACGUUUCCUAUGAUCUGCGAUAGAUUUUUAAGGAAUGAAAAAUGGAUAGAAUCAUUGCGAGCCGUCAAUGCCAGUUUAGCUGUGAUCAAUGGAAUAUUCAUGACAAACUGUCUUACAAUAAUCCCUUAUCAAUUGUCAAUUCCAUUUGUUCUCACGGCAUCUGAGAUAUAUCCUAGUCUUCAUCGUAUUCCAUGGCUCCCAACUGUUUUCCCAAAUAGUAUGCUCACAUCCUCCGAUAAGAUGACAUAUUCAGAAAAGUUAAUAAGUACUUUGGCUGCUAUUUUAGACUAUACUAUUCCUCCUAUUGGAGCGCCUACACACAGUGUCAAAACAUACGCUAAAGACAAACCCGAUAUUUCAUUCACAGAUUUGCUACAUCAGGCACAGUUUUUUCUUAUUGAAAAAGAUGUACUUCUAGAUUAUCCGCUACCCCAACUUCCAAAUGUAAGAUAUGUUGGUGGCCUGGCUGCAAAACGUUCAAUAUCUUUGAAGGGAGAAUUACUGAAAUUCGUAAAUGCUUCCACGAAUGGAAUAGUUGUGGUGUCAUUUGGCAGUAAUAUCAAUGAUUUCCCUGCUGUUCAGCUAGAAAAGCUACAGAGCGCAUUGAAACAAAUAAAAUAUGAUGUUGUGUGGAGACAGAAGAAAACAUCAUUUUCUCAUAAGAAUAUUUAUAUCAGUGAUUGGGUACCACAAAAUGAUCUGCUUGGCCAUCCUAAAACUAAAUUAUUUGUUACUCAUUGUGGAAAUAGCGGUCAGUUUGAAGCUUUGGUCCAUGGUGUGCCAAUGCUGGGAAUACCUUUAUUUGCAGACCAACAUUAUAACUCUCGCAGAAUGACCGAGAAAGGAUAUGGUUUGUCUCUAGAUAUAGAAAACUUUACUCCAGGGGAAUUAAUAGAGAAAAUAAAAGAACUAAUUGAAAAUAAAACAUAUUCUGAGAAAAUUAAAAGAGCUAGUGAAAUAUUCCACUCCCGACCCGAAUAUCCAGCGAAGAAAUCAGCCCGCCAUAUUGAUCACAUCUUGAAAUACGGUGGAGAAUAUCUAAAAUCUCCAUGUCAAGAGAGUCAAUUGUAUGAAUUUUUCAUGAUCGAUGUAUUGGCUCCUAUAUUUGCAGUAACAUGAUUUUUGAUAUAUUUAAUAUAUCUAAGUGUGAAAAAAUGUUUAUCGUUUUGUUGCAAGAAAAAAACGAAGACUGACUAAAAUAAUUGCUUUGGUGUAAAUUAUAUUUGUUUUAUGUAAAUUAAAGUCAGAAACGUUCAGGGUUUUAAAACUUCAAUAGAAACUAAGAACAUAUUUUUCUGUAGAAAUUAUACUCAUGUUGAAAUGUUUACCUUGUUUACAAUGGUUUUUAUGUGUAGUGUGUGUACUUUAGGGCUUUAAUAUCUGUAUGGCGAGUUAGCUAAUGGCUACACUUCAUUAUUUCCAGUCAUUUUGCUAAAAUCGUACAAAAGUACAUCCUUAACGAUUUUCUAAGCGUUUAGUCCACCUUAUUUUCACAUUUUUGCUCCUACGUCAUCAUCUCGAAAUAAAAAAGUAAAUGAAUCUCCCUUUCCUUUACAACAGAGUGUUACACUAUUGUCUGAAGACAAUAAUUCUUGCAAACAAAUUUAUAUAAUAGAAAACUUGAAUAACAUGUAUCUCAGUAAGAGGGCGGUGCAUUGUGAUAAAGUGAAGCUGGUAUACUACAGUGAGCGGUUUAGCGGGACAUACCUUUAAGAGCAGGUACACACAACUUAUAUACUCUUUUACAUGUUUUUUCUUCAUUUUCUUUGAAUAUUUCCUUUUCCCUUCUGCCUUGUUUUCUAAUUCUUAUCUGUCUUUCUUUUUCCAGCUACCUGCUCCCACAACUCUUUGUUUUAUAGUUUCCUGAGAUUUAUUUUAUUGUUUUUCAUUUAAUUAAUCCUUUCUACAAUAGACACAAGGCCUGAAAUUUUGGGGGAGGGGGCUAGUCAAUUAUAUCAACCCCGGCUCUUAAAUGGUAUUUAUUUCAUCGAUUCCGAAAGGAUGAAAAUCUAAGUCGACAUCGACGAAAUUUGAACUCGAAACGUAAAGACCGACUAAAUGCUGCUAAGCACUUUGUCCGGCGGGCUAACGAUCCCGCCAACUUACCGCCUUUUUACUUAGUUAUAUAAUUUUUAACUUGCUUUUUUCAUAUACCACCGAGGUCGACUUUGCCUUUCAUCCUUUCGGGGUCGAUAAAUUAAGUAUCAGUUGCGUACUGAGGUCGAUCUAAUCGACUGGCCCCUCCCCAAAAAUUUCGGGCCUUGUACCUAGAGUAGAAACUUGCUUCUAUCAUAUAUACUUUUCCUUAUAUUAAUAUAAUGAUAUAAUAAUGAGGAGAACGAUUGAGAAUAUACUGGCUUGUAGACAUGGUAGGAAAGUCCUGUUGCAGCAAAAGUAGUAUGGCGCUCAGUUCUGAUGGAAUUUUUUUUAAUCGUCCAGCAGGGUUUUCAUAUUCUAGCAUCACACCCAUAGAUGUGUCCGUCGCUAGUUUAUAUUUUUAUAUUUCACAAUUAUGCUUUUACAUUUGUUGCUUCCCCCAAAUCGAACAACCAUCAAUCGAGUAAAGUGAACGGCUUAAGGAGCAGGCAAUGUAUUGGAUACCUUUCUAUUUCCCCCUCCCCUCCAGGAACUAAGUGAGUUGUGUUUUUAAAUAA